AUGACUACAAAACUGACCAAUGAUUCCCUUUCUCUGGAAUCUCAAACGACUAUGCGGAGAGACUUUGUGAAUAAACUUAAAGAAAAACCGCCACAGCGAAUAGGAAGAAAGAACAACGGAAAGUUCAUGCAAGAUUGGCAGAACGAAAUGCUCGAACUAAUAGAAACAUUUUUGAAAUGUGAAGAGUUUGACGUGAACUUUUACGACGACGAGAUAUCACGAUCUCCCUUGUGGCAAGCCACGAUGCGACUGGAAACUUUCAACAAAAUUUUAGAAAGAAAGACAACAGACACGAACCUAUCCGACCCAAAGGGUAGAACAGCUAUAUUUUUGGCAGUCGAAUCACAACAGCUCGAAACAAUCAAGCUCCUAAGGAAAGCUGGGGCCGACAUAGAGCGUCGGGACAGUGGCCGUCUAACUCCAUUAUCACGUGCAGUCGAACUUGGUCACCUGGAGACCGUGAGAUUUCUUGUAGGGCAAGAGAAUGCGAAGACCAAUCCAGAUGAUGGUCUUGAUCCUACUCCGCUACAAAAAGCAGUUUCUAUUGGGUCUACCGACAUCGUUCAGUACCUUCUGGCAAAUGCAGCUAAUGUCAACCACCGGGACGAGGAUGAUCGAACGCCUUUGUUAAUGGCAGUCAGUCUAGGCUUCGAGGCGAGAAAAGAAAUUGUUGGUCUUCUUAUUGAACGAGAUGCCGAUCUUAAUUUAGCGGAUUCGAAGGGUGUAACCCCUCUCAUCACGGCAGUUUAUCAACGGGACAUCGAGUCUGUUAGACAGAUACUGGAAUUAAAGCAUGUCACAGUCGAUGUGAAUCAAUACGUAUGA